AUUUGACAUUUCCUUGUUUUUAUUUAUACAAAUUUAUUUAACAAAUUUAAAUACUUUACCUAAAAUAAAGUAAACAAAAAAUAUAUCCAAUGAAAGUGGAAAUGGAAAAUGACUACAAUACAAUAUGCGAUUCAGUGUCUUCCCUUAUCGAAGGAUGUCGUUUAUCCGUGCGUAUGAAAGGCACGAAUGAUUGGCCUUUGGCUGAAAUAAUAAGUAUUAAGGAAGCAAUUGGGGUGAAAGAAUACUAUGUACACUAUGUUGACUUUAACAAAAGACUGGACGAAUGGGUGACAGAACACGAUUUAGAUACACGUAAAGUUCAUUUUCCGAGAAAAGAUGGCGGUGGGAGUAAUACAGGGGUGUCCACGCCGAAAAAGGCGCAAAUCGGCAGCGGCCCUGUAGUUUUAACGCAGUCACAAUCAGCAAAUGUGAGUGGGGCAGUAUCAAGACCAUCCAGCCCCGUUAACAAUACCGAGUUGUUGAAUGGCAACGCCGUGUUGGCGGCGGCGUUGCAGAAGAGAAUGAACAGGAAGAGAAAAAUCCCGAGCUUGGAGAGUGAGGAUUCGAAUGAGGGGCCCGUUCCGCAGCCUAGGCAAUCGGGGAGUAUGGUUUCGCACCACGACGAUAUCGUAACGAGGAUGAAAAACAUCGAUUUGAUUGAGCUGGGGAAGCACAGAAUUAAGCCGUGGUAUUUCGCGCCGUAUCCGCAGGAAAUGGUCAAUCUGGAUUGCAUUUACAUCUGCGAGUUUUGUUUGAAGUACAGGAAGAGUCGAAAGUGCUUGGAACGGCACUUGAAAAAGUGCAACUUGCGGCACCCCCCGGGCAAUGAAAUAUACCGGAAAGACAUAAUUUCGUUUUUCGAGAUUGACGGGAGGAAAAAUAAAGUGUACGCUCAAAACUUGUGUCUGCUGGCGAAGUUGUUCUUGGAUCACAAAACUCUGUACUACGAUACGGAUCCGUUUUUGUUUUACGUUAUGACUGUCUUUGAUAAUAGGGGGUUUCACAUAGUCGGGUAUUUUUCGAAGGAGAAGGAGUCCACGGAGGAUUACAAUGUUGCCUGUAUAUUAACCAUGCCCCCAUAUCAACGGAAGGGAUAUGGAAAACUGCUCAUCGAAUUUAGUAAGCUUUUGUUUGGAAAUUUGGGUCGUUUUUUGUUAUUUUUUUUUUGAGGUUAUGAAUUGUCCAAGUUUGAGGGUAAAACUGGCUCCCCGGAAAAACCACUUUCAGAUUUGGGACUUUUGUCCUAUAGAAGUUAUUGGGCGCAAACUAUUCUGGAAAUAUUACUAGACAUGAAACCUGUAGGUGACAACGAAAAACCGCAAAUAACUAUUAAUGAAAUUUGCGAACUGACCAGUAUUAAAAAAGAAGACGUGAUAUCCACACUACAAAAUCUGAACCUGAUAAAUUACUACAAGGGUCAGUAUAUCAUAACCCUGAGCAGAGACAUAAUCGAAAACCACCACAGGGCGAUGGAGUCGAGAAAAAUCCGGAUUGACCCCAAAUGCCUGCACUGGGUCCCGAAAGACUGGGGCAAGCGGGCCAAGUGGAAUCAAAGUCAAAAUCGGAGGAGCUCUCGCGGUUUAAGUCUUUCUAGUCAAGUGAAUGCUGAAGUUGAGGUAAAACCUGAUUGGGUAGAUCUUGAAGAACCUCUUUUGAUAGCAUUAGAUCAAAUUCAAGUUAAUGUUUGAAGAAUCUAAAAUACCUAAUAUAAAUAUAAAGUCUAUUCAUGACAUAGGGAG